UGGAACUGGCUGUCUUCUUUCUCUCUCUUCAUAAUUGUUCAUCAAGUUACUAUCAGCCACAAAGCUUCCGUCUUCUCCACACCCACAAUUAUCCAUCCAUCCAUCUACCAUUCUUCUCCUGCAAUCUCACCUCUAGCCGAUGACGGUCCCUGAGGAGGAAUCGAACAAGGUCGAAUCAGUGGUUCCCCCUUCCGAUCCACCUCCUUCCGCACCUGAAUCAGCUGAAUCAACCCCCCCAGCCUUAAUCGAACCUCCGGUUGAAGAGAAAGCCCUAAUUCCUCUUCCUCCCCCUCCUCCUGAAGAGAAGUCCGAUGAUUCUAAAGCGAUCGUCCUUGUUGAUAAUACUCCUCCUGUUGUUGAAGAGAAACAUGGUUCAAUAGAUAGAGAUAUUGUUCUUGCUCGAGUUUCUACUGAUAAGAAAUCGGCACUUAUCAAAGCUUGGGAAGAAAGUGAGAAGGCAAAGGCUGCCAACAAAGCUCAAAAGAAACUAGCUUCCGUUGGAGCAUGGGAGAACACCCAGAAAGCCGAUAUAGAAGCUGAGUUGAGAAAGAUAGAGGAAAAACUGGAGAAGAAAAAAGCAGCAUACGUAGAGAAGAUGAAAAACAAGAUAGUGCUCCUCCACAAGGAAGCGGAGGAGAAAAGGGCCAAUAUCGAAGCGAAACGUGGUGUAGAUCUUCUAAAGGCUGAGGAGCUGGCGGCUAAGCAUCGUGCCACUGGGACUACACCAAAGAAAGGAUGGUUUACUUAGAUGAAGUUUAUAAAACAAAGUUAUUGUGUUAUUUUAUUCUUGUAAUUAUGCUUUUUUGAGGGAUUGGAUUUGAUUUAAUUUAAUUGUGCACUUGUUUUUGUCUAUAAUUUGUUCAUUUUUGUGUGUGUGUAUGUGUUGUGGUUAUUACUAUUACUACUACUUUUGUGUGCAUGUAAAAACUCUGCAUUUGUAAUGGACAAAACUAGAAAUGGUGUUUCA